UAAUAAAAAUAGUAAUAAAUAUGAUAAUGUUUCUAGUAAUAAAUAUGAAUAUAAUAAUGAUACUGGUUAUGAAUAUGAUAAUUAUGCUAUAACUGACAGUGUAAUGACUAAAAGUAGAUCUG